AGGCGUCAUGCUAGCCGUUAGCUUCGUUAGCUCUCUCGUCCAAGAGUCAGUGGCGUCGGGGUUCAGACAUGCAACACUUCGUCGUUCUGCAGUGCAGAGCGGGUAAACAACUGCAGGCAGCUGAGCGGACCAGCACCACGCACCUGCUUCACACUGGACUUCAGAGUCAACAACACAUGCAGAGGAAGCGGGCCACCAACGCUGCGGUGCAGCCCCAUAGACUUGGGAUAUGAAAUGUUUAACAGAGAGCUUGUUAUCCAAAUGAAGUGCCGGCGCUCAGGCAAAUAACCCUGCACGGAGAAUGAGUGGAGGAUGAACGUGAGAUGUUCCUGGUUCAGAGAGCAGCAGCCUUCCUGGUCCAGCCGGUUCUGAGCCAAACUUCCUGGAUCCAUCAACAAAUACGAGGUGAAACAGGAGUCAUCCCCUUGUGUCAUCGAGCUGUUUGCACAGUAAAAGCUGAGCAAGCAGUUUGGAAUUACAGUUUGGCCCGUCUGCCCAGUCACAGCGAGACAAAAUCACUCACCUACAGUCGUGUCGGUCAACAUGGAGACUCUGAGGAGGACUCAGUCACUGAAAAACCUUUCAGGGGAUCUUGAAAGGUCAUGGAUCAUGCCAGCCUCCCAUCGAUGGGACAGGAAGUCCGUGUCUCAGCUGGUGCAGCAUUACCAAAGCGGUGACAGCCUGAGGAGGCCUCAAAAGGCGGACCAUAAACCACAGGUGUUUGGAAACCUGGUGGAGCUCAGAUGGAGGAGAUGUCGCUCCAUGGAGCUUCUGCCUCAGAGUGAGACUUCGAUCAUCAGAACCAUGUGCGCGCUGUUUGAGUCCAAAGCUGCUGUCAGUGUAGACACCAGCAGGCCUGAGCUGAGGACCACCAAGACUGGGGGAGACUGCCCCCUAGUGGAGGAACGGAGUCACGCUCGAGUCAUGCUGGGAAGCAGCCACGCGGGUAGAAGACACACAACAAAUGUUUUCCAGGAGUCGGAUGACUGGGUGUCCAGAAACUCCCACGCUGACAAAUCCAGUCCGCUGAGGACUCCGGAAGGAAUUUCGGCAAGACAAAGCAGAGACAGGAUCACUUCCUCCUCAUCCGUGAGAAGCAAAUCAGCUGUCUAUCUGUCAAGAGCAUCGGCUUUCCACUCGACAGGAGACGCGCCACAAGCGGAAUUGAGUGCAACUCAACCCAAGAGGUCUAAGAAUAGAACGAUGGCUGACGCAGUCAGGAAAGUCUCACACCCUGAAGAGGAAGACUUGCCACUCCCUCCACCACCACCGGGGACUCUGGACUAUGGCGAACUCUCUGAGCUCAGCAGCCUUCCCGUGCCUCCACCUAAAGAGACCUUCUCCACAUACUAUCAGCAGAGACAGAAAAGCGAGCUGAAGAGGCUUUUCAAGCACAUCCACCCUGACCUUCGAGAAAGUCUGGAUGGGGUUGUAGAUGAUGAUAUACUGAAGGCAGUGCAGUCAGAGAGCACUCAAGCAGCAGAUGCGGCUUAUCAGGGGGAGGUGCAGUCCAUGAGGUGGAUCUUUGAGAACUGGAAUCUGGACAACAUUGGUGACCCUCAUGAAACCAAGAAGAUGCUACAUGAGGAAGACAUGUUGGGGGCAGAUGUCAGAGGAACCUCCUCCAUGUUUGAGAGCACCUCCUGCGCACAGUCAACAGAGGCAUUUGUAAAGAGACAGACUUCAGUCCGAGGGGAUGUCAGAACAUCAACAUGGCUGUUUGAGACUCAGCCUCUGGAUUCUCUAAAUAAGCGUGAGCCAGGAGAUGGUGGGCUGGUCGAAGCAGUGCUGAAGGAGCAAAUCCAGCCAGGAGAUGUGAGCGGCACCCGGCAGCUUUUCGAGACCAAAGCGCUCAGCGAACUGGGCCGCUGCAACUCUAUUGAAGAUAACAGCUUCCUGAAGCUGAAGUCUGAGCUUCAGGAGCAAAAAGGAGACGUCCAGAAGACAGUCAAACUCUUUCAUGCUGAGCCAGGCUGCGCCAUUAGGGACAAAAGUGGCAAUAUCCACGGGAUAAAGAGCAUCUGCAGAGAGGAGAUCAACAGCGGCAACACCAGCACUGCCCGCUGGCUGUUUGAAACCCAGCCAUUAGACUUGAUAAAUAAGGAGAGCGAGGGAGUGAAAAUCAUCAGAGGGAUAUCUUUGGAGGAUGGGCAUGACGGAGGUGUGGAAAGAAAAAGGUGGAUGUUUGAAACUCAGUCUUUCGAUGCAAUUCAAGAAAUUGUCGGUCAGACCUCGUUCGAAGGUACGGAGGAGGCGGACGUUCGUAACAAAAAGAAGCUGUUUGAAAUGCAACCAUUAGCAGCUCUGAAAGGAGAUGCUGAGGUGAAGACUUUGGAAAAGGAAGAGAUUAUUGGUGGCGAUGUCAGAACUUCCCUUUGGCUGUUUGAAACACAACCAAUGGAUGCGCUGUGCGACAGCUGCAAAGUUGGAUGCCUGCAGAAAAUCACGCUGUCAUCUGACGAACAAGGAGAGGUGAAAGGCAAAAAGCUGUGGUUUGAAAGCUCUGCUGAAGAAAAGCAGAGCUCUUUUGAAGAAAAAGCAAUUGAGAAGGGCGACGUUAAAGGAUUCAAACAUCUCUUUGAAACAAUUCCACUCGGCAAAAUCGCACCCCCCGACAGCGAAAGUCUGGGGUCACAAAACAUCCCUGGGGAACAGAGUCUUUUGUAUGCAAUCGAAGAUAGCGCAGGAAAUUUUCAUGGAAUCACAACAGUCAGUCGCGAGGAAUCCAUCAAAGGAAACGUCCAGAAUUAUAAGUGGAUGUUUGAGACAAAGCCGUUGCAGGAGCUCACAGGAGGAAAUGAAAAUGUGGAGGUACUCAAAGGCAUCACUAGAGAGGAGGGUAUGACUGGCGACGUCAAAACAGCCAAGUGGAUGUUUGAGACCCAGACGGUCGAUGGCAUCCACGCCAAAUUCAACCAGGCAGAACAGAGCGCUUCUAAGGACGACGAGCUUCGUAAAGGUGACGUCAAGACCUGCAAAUGGUUAUUUGAGACAAAACCAAUGGACAUGUUGUACGACAAAGAAGUUCGACAGGAUAAUAAAGAAGCAAUCGACAAGACUGAUGUCAAGUCCAUUACCUGGCUUUUUGAAUCACAGACGCUGGACAGCAUUCAAGAUGGAGAAGAGUACAGCCUCAAGCUCUGUGGAACCAUACAGGACGCCGUGAAGUCAGAGUGUGACGUCAGAACAGCCAAACAUCUUUUCGAGACAGAGAACCUUGACAGGAUAAGAAAGGACACAGCCUCUGAGCAAGGCAUGAGAUUUGUCAGCAAGGUCGAUUUCCGGUCUGGAGAUGUCUCCAGAGUUAAAGAGCUGUUCGAGUCUCAGUCUCUUGACGAAAUUGGUUCUGAAAUGGCGUCAGCUGCUCAGCAGAUCAAUGGCGAUGAGAUUCAGCCUGGUGCAGUACACAAAUUCACUUGGCUGUUUGAGAACAGUGCAGUAAGCACUCAAGACAGCGUGGAUCCCAACAGGCUCAGGGUGAGCAUCGAUGAGUGUGGAGACGUGCAGAACAAAAAGUUUGUCUUUGAGACAUCUUCACUGGACAAAAUCCAUGAUCAGCCAUGUCAAGAGAAGCCAGUCUGUGUGGAGCCAAUGAGCGAGGUGGAUGUGAAGUCAAGCACCAUGAUGUUUGAGUCUCGCCCCCUGUAUGCCAUCAGAGACAAGGAGGGUCAGUUUCAUGAGGUGACCACCGUUAAGAAAGAGGAGAUUCUGAGUGGUGAUGUCAGAGGAGCGAGGUGGCAGUUCGAGACAAAGCCCCUUGACGCAAUAAAGGCAGAGAACGAGGUUUAUGUCAUCAGAGCAGUUACUCAAGAAGAUGUCCAGAAAGGGGAUGUCAAAUCAGCCAGGUGGAAGUUUGAAACACAACCGCUGGACACCCUUGCAUGUCCGAAAGAGCCAUCUGUCCGAGUCGUGGACGAAUGUGCCAGUAAAAAUGUGCAGGUGAACAGAGAGAUAUUUGAGUCUCAGCAGGCCAGCAAGUUUGUGAGAAUGGUGAGCGUCACUGAUGUCCAGCAGGGCGAUGUCCGAACCUCCACCUGGCUCUUUGAGAAUCACGCCAUCGACAGCCUUAAAGGAGACUCUCAAGAGGACUGCCUUCUUAAAACGGUCCAAAGGGAAGACAGCCAAAAAGGGGAUGUCAAACGAUGCACAUGGCUGUUUGAAACCAAACCACUGGAUAAGAUCACAGAGCCCAGAGAAACCUCAACAGAAGGUGUUGAGGAGGAGAUUCCCAAGGCUGACGUCAAGUGCACAACCUGGCUCUUUGAGACCACACCUCUGGACAAGAUAACAGUCAACAGUGUGUCCAACACCCUGUCUUAUCUCCAGCAGAUGGACCUUGUGCACUCAAGCGGCAUUAUAAUUGAAGCAAAUGAGACCACAAAGGUUAGCAUGGCAAAGUUUGACCUUGAAAGUCAAGCUGGAAUCCAUAUCGUGAAAGAGGAGCUCCUUAGUGGGAAUAUUAGAAGCAUAAUGUUACAACUCUUGCUGAAACAGACAAAUAUCAAAGUGAUGCUUCUGAGGGAAGUCGAGAUAGGAAAGGUAGAGAAGGCCAGGCUUGAGCUUCCCAUCUAUGGGUCUACCGCAGCUAGCAAAAGGGAAUCGGAUCCAUCGGUGUGCAAGACUUUUGAGAUCAUUGAUGAGCUGUUCCAGCACGAUAACAAUCUAACUAAAGGAAUCGUAAUGCAAGAGCCGAGGCAGGGGCCUGCUGAGAUGGUUGUUUAUUCACUCAUCAGAGAGUCAGAAACCAAAACAGAUGGCAGCGUCAUUGAAAAGGGUGACGUCAAGUCCGCUAUUGGCAGUUUGUUAGCAACCAGCAGCAACCAAAGAACCGUAGCUUCGUGUCGCGUGGACGACAACGAAAAGGGAAACGUGACCUUGUAUAAAAGCUGCAUAGAGAAAGGUGAUCUGCAAUACUUAAAGAGUUUACAAAUGGAGGAGGCACAGGAUGACUCCGAGGCUGGAGCCAAAGAGAAUAUUGAAAUAAUUCAGGGGGACAUAAGAGAAGCAAAGAAAAGCCUCUCUCUGCAGAAAGAUCAGGUAGAACGAACGGUUGUAGAUGUUCUGCCAGGGGAUGUGAAGAACACCAAAAAGGUGUUCUCAUCAGCAGCCACUAUUACUGUUGAUAGUUGUAUCCCAAGGGAGGAAAUUAUUCCUGGAGAUGUAACAACAGCGAAGCAGCAACUGUCUGUGAUGCCACCCAUCACGGUAGAAAAAGAAGAAAUAGUAGCCGGCGACAUCAAGGCGACAAUGCAGUCCUUGGAGCGGGCCAAGCAGCAGAGCAUGUGCGUGGAGCGAGAGAUCGUAAAACCCGGAACCAUCUAUGACAUGGACUUGUCGGCUAAAUGUCCUGAAACAGAAGGAACGGAGACACAAAGAGAACUGAUCAUAUCCGGAGACGUGAAAGCGGCAAAGAAGUCCCUGGAAAUGGCAAAGCAGCAGAGCAUGCACGUAGAGCGUGAGGUGAUCGUCCCCGGAAAACUGUACAACCUGAACGUCUCGGUGCAGGAGGAAAGCUCCUCGACCCUGGUGCAAUCUUCGUCGUCAUCCAGGUGCCAGCAAGCCAAGACUAACCAGAAGUAACCUGUGAAGGACACCCAACACCCAACCCCAUAAACAGUAGAUCACCCAGUUCUGAUGUAGCUGCUCCUCCGCUUCCUCAAAAGGCAAGACUCCAGGACCACAAGCCGGCUUUACCACCGAAGCCUUGCUGGACGAAAUC